CUUUUGCUGCAUUAAAUUUAAUAAAAUAAUAAAUUUUUCCUUAAUUAAACUAUACUGCAUUUUUCAUGCGGCGAAAAAUGUUCCAGUUCCAUUUUGGACUUAUCGUCGACGCUAUCUUCACGCACAUUGCCAGAGGUGGCCUGUAUGUUUAUUUAUGCAAAAUAAAAUUGAAAUUUUGCAACAACUAUUUACUAGUAGUAUUCUUUGCCACUGAAAAUAUAGUUCGUUCUUUAAAGAUAUUCUUUGACAACCUUUAUAGAUGUCCAUAACACCAUUUGCAAUACAUUUUGUUUAUCAACAUAUAUAAAUAAUAUAUAUAUGUGAUAAGUGCAGCCGUUGCCAUUAUUUGUUAUUGUAGAAUUAUACAGUUCAUCUUGGAUUUCCCAUUUAAAGAGUGUUUAUUAAAUGAGUCGGGAUUUGGAGUUUUUAAAAAGCUGCAUUAUAUGCAGGACUAAUGAGCAAAAUCGAGUCUUUGAAAGUUUAUUACAGCUAAAUAAAAAUGAAAUAUGCUUAUCAGAGCAUGGACAAUUAUACCAAGAAUUGUUUGGACUUCAUAUUGAUUUAACAGCAAUUGAAUUUUAUCCGCACUUUGUGUGCAGUAACUGUGAACUGCAAAUGAAACUAUUCAGACAACUGAAAUUGAAAGCAAUAGAGGCACACACAUCAUUGCAGAAGGACUUUAAUUCAAUCCUUAAGGAUAAAGCUUCAAAAUCUAUAGGUCGGACUUUCUGUCAAGUUAUUACCAAUGAAGAGCUAUUUAGUGAUUCAGUACCUUUUUAUGAUAUAUCUAGUGACUUAUUAGAAGAGGAAACUUUUUAUUUAAAAAAAAAUACACACAUACAUGCUAACGAAAAAAAUUUAUUUGAACUUGACGGAUUCGAUGGAGGAGAAUCAGUAACAAAAUCAAGGUCCCUUAAAAUAAUAGAUAAUAUUGAUGAUAUUGGAAACUUCAAAACAAAGUACAAAAAUUUGGAAACAGACGUUGGCUUUUCACUAAUAAAUUCUGAUGAUUCUAUGAACAAUGUUGAAUUGAAUAGAGAGUAUACAGAUGUACAAUAUCUGGAUGAAAUCGAAGAAAGCAGUUCAGUAUCGUACGAGACUAGCAACAGUGCAGAAAUUAAUAAAUUUAUAAGAACUUUUCGAUGUGUGGUAUGUGAUACCGAAUUCAAAAAACGGAUAGAUUUUGUAAAACAUAGAAAAGACGCUCAUGAUAAUAAGUACCAAUGUUUGGAUUGUAAAAGGAUCUUAAAAACUUCAAAGGCAUUAACACAACAUAAAAAAAUACAUAUGGGUGUGUCCCAAUUUAAAUGCGAGUUAUGUUCUAAAUAUUUCAAUCAAAAAGUGCACUUCCAAUAUCACAUGGACAAACACAAUAACAUACGAAAAUUUAAAUGCGAAUUUUGUGCCAAGUCAUAUUUAUCGAGGGCUGAUUUAAAUGUGCAUACUCGAAUACAUACAAAUGACAGACGCUAUAUCUGCGAUAUUUGUGGAAAAGAUUUCUUGUUAUUCCAGCAUCUGAAAAUGCAUAGUUUUAGGCAUAUAGGAAAGAAAUUUGAAUGUCAUAUUUGCCAUCAAAUGUUAAUUUCACCUUGCACAUUACAAACUCAUAUAAAAACUAAGCACACUAAAAAUGCAAAAUAUAAAUGCAAUUUAUGCAGCGAAUUGUUCCACAGAAAGCAUACUUUUGAUGCACAUUUUCAAACGCACGAGCAUGAUAAACCUGUAUUUGAAAUACUUCCUGCCGAACAACUAUACAAGGACGAACACAGAGAUGAAUUGGUUGAAUGCAUUGAAGUAAAUUACGCAGCACAAAGCUUUACGCAUUGAGAAAUUUAAUUGUUUUAAGAACAAACUCGUGCUCCUAAUUUAAAUAAAUUAUAAAUCUUUAAAAUUUUACUAAACUCAUUUGUGGAUAAUUUGGUUUGCUUAUGACAGAAAUGUAUGGUAAAGAGUAUUAUGAAUUCCUAUUAAAAAAAGUUAAACGU